AUGAUGGCGGAUGAUUUAGAUGAAUUUAGUGAAGGUGAGAAGGCCAAGUUGGCGCAACGUAUGGCGGAACUUGAAAAUGAUCCACCUUACAUGGAAAUGAGGAAUAAGGAAGCAGAGAACUUUUCUGAGACUAGCAAAAUGUUAAUCUCCACGGCUAAAGAAAAUAUACCUCCAAAUAGUCAACGGAACUAUCCUUUAGGUGACUAUGGAUUGAGUUUACUUCUUGGGGAAGAAUAUGAACGAAAAAAACAUAAACUCAGGGAGGAGCUUCAACAAGAUUAUAAGCGAUAUCUUUCUCAGGGUAUUUCACACGCAAAAAAGAAAAAUUAUCUGGCUACUGGUGAAGUAGAUCCAUAUACUCAGGGAUUAUCUCUUCCUAUUGAUGAGCGAAGAUCUGCUAAGGAGAAACUACGGCUUGAAAGAAACAAGGAAUACAAUCAGUAUCUCAGGGAUAAAGAAGAAUGGAAUGAAAGGCUAAGGAAAUUAGGGAAGAAUACCACAGAGAAUGAGAUGGACAGGAAUAAAAAACCUAUUGCUGUUACCAGGCUCCAGCCAGAACUACACACAGAAAUACAGCCCUGUAAUACAGGUGCAGAACUACCCAAGAAGGAUGCCUUUACUUCUACAGGAGGUUAUGAAGAGCUGCGAAAUAAAAGAUGGCUGGAGGAAGACAGGUAUCGUAGGUUAGAAGAUGAGAUUGAAAUAAGAAGUCGACUAAUGACUAAACAACUCUAUGAAGAUUUGGAUCUUCCCAGUCGAAGACAUCGUGGAUUUGCUAGCCCAUCUGUAAUUCCUAUUAGGAAGCAUCACAGACUUUAUCAAGAUGGUGAUUUUGGUAGAAGGUACUACAGAAUGGACUAUGAUCCUGAGGCAAAUGAAGAAACAGACCCUAGAUUUAGAUGUGAAAGCACUUAUGACAGAAAAACUCCCCGUUUUUUUAAUGCUGAAAGGCCCUGUCUGGAUGGAGUGGUGAGAGAUCUACCUGCAGAUAAUGAAGACGAAUUAAAGGAGAAAGCACAUGUGCAGCAGAUCUCGAGAACUGCAAAUUCUAGAAAUCAGGUACAAAUUAGUUCUUCAGCUAAUGAACAGGCCCAGUCUGCAGCUGGAAGGCCAUAUGCAGCAGCAGGCCUUGUUCUUGGUGAUCAGGACCGAGAACUUCUCCAAAAGAAAAAAGAGAAGUACAGGCAAGACCUGAUAGAACAGAUGGCUGAGCAACAGCGAAAUAAGAGACGUGAGAAGGAACUUGAGCUCUCAGUUGCUGCUUCUGGAGCUCAAGACCCAGAAAAGAAGCUAAAUGAUGAGGAGCCAAAUAGGUUGCAGCAGUUUGGCUUGACCAUGAGACCUUCUGAAGAGAAAGUACCUCCUGAAAGGCCGAAGGUGGCAUUCCAAACUCCAGUGCCCAUCCCUUCAGCCCCUCCAGUGAAUGAAGACGUUCAGUGGGGGCUAGCCAGCACGCUUGGAGAAAUAGCAGCGCCCAGGCUUGCCCCGAUGCCGCCACCUCCACCACCAGUUUUGACAGAAAACUUCAGAACACCUUAUGAUGAUGCAUAUUACUCUUACGGUGUUAGGAAUCCUUUGGAUCCCUGUCUUGCAUCUUAUGGUACAGGCAUGAUGCCAAUGCAACCCAUGCCUAAUCUGGAUCCUCCUUUAGGCCAAGCCCCAGUGGACCAAUCUGUAAGUGACAUUGGACAGAGGAAUACAGGAGACAGAAAAAGAAGCGUAAGAGAAUUUUCUGAAGAAAAGCCAAAGUCUUCCAAAAAGGCAACAUAUCAGCAAGAAUUGCAACAGCAG